CGGUAAGAUUCAUUGAUCGAUCGACCACCCCUCUGAAUCCAUGUAUACAUCAUAUCUAUGUGUACUAAUAUUUCAUCACCUUUUCUUGCUUUCCCUAGCGAGUGACACUGUAUGUACGUAUAGCUAGUUGGCAUAUAUGGAGAUUUUGCUGGAUAUCUAUCCGUUGACAGGCCUACAAAUCAGCGAGCGACGCGGUACGUAUAGCUAGCUGGCAUAUAUGGAGACUCUGCCAGAUGUCUAUCCGCUGACAGGCCUGCAGAUCGGGGACAUUCAAUCCUACAUCUCGCGGGCGUUCCUCUACUUCGCUCCACUGAGCAAGAAGGUGUUCAUUCUCGUAGACAACCAGCCUUGGCUGACGACGAAGCAGUCUCGAUCCGCGAGGCUGUGGCAGUUCAUGGUCACCAAGUACAGGAUGUCUCCUUUUGCGAAUUCGCGGUCGCUGCUUCAUCAUCACAAGCAGCAGGCUGCGGCUGAGGAGGCCGCCGCCGCCGCCGCAGCAGCAGCAGCAGCAGCCAGGGGUGAAGAGAGCUCCGACACGAUGCGGCGGUGGUUCGCGGUGGCGGCGGACCUGAGCAGGGCGCUGCACGGGUUCCUGGUGUUCGAGGUGUCGUGGCGCGACGUGCACGGCAUCAACUACCUGAACGAGCUGCUGAGCGACACGUCCCUGGCGCUGGAGGCGCGGUACAUGAAGAAGUGGGAGUUCUACAGCGCGGAGCAGGCGGCCGGCUGCACGCACCUGUGGUUCCUGGGCCGCGCCUCCGAGGCGCGGGCUCUGAGGGGCUACCUCUCCGCGCUGCACACGCACUCGGACCCAAGCGAGCAGCUGGAGGAGUGCAGCAGCGCGCUGCGCCGGACGUGCUCCUCCUCCUCGCUCACGGCCGUCUCCGAGGACGAGGACGAGGACGACGACGAGCUGGACGGUCGAUCUGCAGACGGCAUCUUGAUGAGCUCCCCGUCCCCGACUAGGAGCAGGAGCAGCAGCAGCAGGUGGGCGCGCGCGGCGGCGGCGGCGGAGGUCCCGUUCGUGGCCCCUGCGCAGUACAGCGACACGCUGAUCCUGUUCCGGUUCAGGGACAGCCAGCUGCCGCUGAAGCUGCGGCAGAUCAUCAUGUCGGACAUCAGGCUGCUGACGCUGCUGGAGUCGGGCCUGCCGUCGUGGGUCAUCUUCUUCCAGUCGUACCCAGUGCUGUGCCAGCUGUACCGGCCGUGGAUGCGGCCGCUGGCGCGGAGCCUGUACCUGCUGGCGUCGCUGGUGACGGUGCUGAUCGGCUUCUACGACCUGUACAAGAACGUGCCGCUGCUCAAGUCGGCGGCGGCGCGCAUCUGCGGGCCGCUGUUCGGGUGGAUCGAGACGUGGGACAUGGUGACCAGGAUCCAGUACCUGGGCACCAUCCUGUUCCUGCGCAACCUGCGCAAGUGCCUGCAGAGCCUCGUGGCGCUGCUGCGGGCGGCGCGCGCGGUGGUACGCACGGUGGCGGCGCCGGUGGCCGAGGCGGCGGGGCCCCUGGUGGCCUCCUGUGGCGAGGUGUGGGACCUGGUGGGCGAGGGCCUGCUGGCGCCGGCGUGGGCACUGGCGGUGGACCUGGCGGAGGUGGUGUGGGCGCCCUUCGACCUGGUGCUGGACAGCGUGGGUGGCUGCCUGUGGCCGCUGCUGCAGGUGGCGCUGCUGCCGGUGAGAGGGGCGGCGGCGCUGGCGGGCUGCGCGGGGUCGCUGCUGUCGGCAACCUACAACUUCGGCAAGGACAUAUGGGAGACCAUGAGCAGCAUAUUCGAGCUGAACCACAUGUCGGAGGCGCAGCAGAGUGCCUUCGACAUGUCGCAGAUAAAGACGCUAUGGAACGAUCUAUUCUCACAGAUCUUCCGCGCCAUCAGGGGCAUACUCAAUGGCAUCUUGGUGUUCUUUGCAUCCUGCAACAGGCACAGGCUCAGCAUCUACAACCAUGCGCAGUCUAGGUUCCGCCAUAUGCUUCGCGUCGCUAGGCUGCAUCAGGCGCCGCCGCAUUCGUCGUCGUGUCGUUGCAAGCCGCAGAAGCCCAAACGCCGUGCUUCGGAUGAUGAUGCAGUGGCGGAAUGUGACAGGUGCAAGUGACGCACGCACGUCUCAAAUUUUAUUUUAAUUAAACUAUAUAUAUAUGUAAAGUUUGGCCAAACUUAUACACAAUAAUAUAGGAGUAUUUAUUUA